CAACAGGAGAGUUCGAUUGGCCGCAUCAGUCUGUCUAGGCUUGUUUCCUGCUUCAAGGCGUUCGGUAGAUUGCGAAACUCUUGGUCCAGAGCGACAGAGUCUGACAUCGAGUGCCAACAAGGCCUUCAUACUACCAGCUUCAUCAUAAUUAGGCGCACGACUGGCCAAGGAGGCUGCCGCUCAGUGAGGCGGCGGAUCAUCCGGAUGUUCUGCCUCAGGCUUGCGGGUGUCCAGAAUGCCUCCUGUGACCUGAUGCUCUAAGUCAGCGUCUGCCAGAGUCUACUGGGUUACAGGCCCUUUCUUUUCUCGGCCUUUGUUCUUUAGGGGCAGGCCCGCCACCGCUCCCCCCGUUCUUUCCUUCUUGGCUCAGAUUUUUGCCCCGUUCACAUUUCCUUAUCGAUCAUACGUGGCUCGCUGUACUCGCGCAAUGAUGGUCGCAUCCAUCUUCGCAUGCGCUGGCUUCGCCAUGGCGUCGGCGAACACGGUCGUGGCCCCCGUGGCCGCCCAGCAGGUGGCGAUGCUCGGUCGCAGCGCUGUGGUUGGGGACGAAGGCGAGGACUCCCUGGGGGACGGCUUCGGGGACGAGGUCUACACGGACGACGAGAAAGAUUUUAUCAAUGGGGGCUUGGGGGACUUCGACUUCGAGGGCAUCUCCGAGGACAAAAAGCCCAAGAAGAGGCUCGCCAAGCUGAAGAGGAACUUCACUCUGGCGACAGGGAAGCUGGACGAGAUCAUCCCAGAACUGCAGACCGACUUCAAGUAUCCCACGCAGCAGCUCAAGGUCGCGCUCGCCUGGUUCAAGGAAAAGCAGAGGGACCUGGAGAGGGCGAAGAAGGAGGCGACGAAGGCCAUGAAGGAACUCCGCCUGGAGGCCGAGAAGCGCCGGCUGUCCGCCUCCGAGCGCCGGCGCGCCAAGGAGAGGGAGCGCAGGGCCAUCGAGGAGGCCACGCGCACCGCCAAGGCGGCCAUGAUCAAGAAGGCGCAGGCCUUGAUGAGCGCCAAGGGCCAGUCAGACGAGUCCGGCAUGCUCGGCGAGGCGUCCCUCGGCAUCAUGGUCGACGUGCUCAUGGCUCUGCCCGCCGCCGUGGAGAACCCCGUCUUCAUCAAGCGCCUCCAGCGUGCGAAGGAUCAGGUCACGGACUCUGUCUCGGCGUUCCUCAACAUCACCCGGCGGAAGACGGCGAAGUUCGUGUUGGCGAGCAGCAAGGCGUCCGACGUGGAGCUCUCCUUCCUCAUGGCGCGCUACUUCCACGAGGCGUCCUUCCGGGUCAAGGCUAUGCAGUCGGACGCCGAGAAGGUCGCCAGGGACCUCAAUGUCGUGAUGCCCAGGAAGCUCCGCACUUCCUUCAACCCCAUCCUCAAGCAGCUGCGGUCGAAUGCGGUCCCGCUGCGUGUGAACGCCAGUCAGAUGGCGGAGCAGACGUUGUCCCAGGCGUGCACCCAGAUGGGCCAGCUGAUGUCGAACAUCACCCAGUACGACAACCAGCUGAACACGCUGCACACCGGCCUGCACAACGUCUGGCAGAUGUCCGAGCUGAUGCUGCCGCACAUGAGCAGGAUCUACCCCAUGAAGACCAUCAUCAUCGACACUGUCAAGGACUUCAUGAUGUUGGCGACCACUCAGAUUGCCAGUCUUCAGGAUCGGGGCGGCGGACGAGAUCGUGUCCAACGUCGGGCCCGUCGUCACCGAGCGGAUGCAGUGCACGUGGGGUGCCGCUGGUCCCCGCGGCGUGGGCCUCUUCGCCCUGCUGGCGCCGCUGGUGGCGUUGGCCAGCUCGGUCCUCCACUAGGCGCCCUGAGCGGGGCCGGCGUAGAGCCAGGACCUGACGCGAUUCCCCCCUUUCUCUCCACGUGCGUGGGUGCGUGUGACCGUCACCAUCAUCCUUGCCGUUUCUCUUAUGCUCCCCUUCCUCGUCGCGUCGCAACUUCAGCCAUUCAGCGUCGCCCGGACUAAGCAAAGCAGUGGAGGCAGGACGACUCUCCUGUUCGCUUUGCUGCUUUUGGAAGACGACGCUUGUGCACCUUCGCGU